GGAGGAGGAGUUUGGAUUUGAUAUCCCGCUUUAUCACUACCCGAAGGAGUCUCAAAGUGGCUAACAUUCUCCUUUCCCUUCCUCCCCCACAACAAACACUCUGUGAUGUGAGUGGGGCUGAGAGACUUCAAGAAGUGUGACUAGCCUCAGGUCACCCAGCAGCUGCAUGUGGAGUUCACCAGGUUAUGAUUCUACUGCCCUUAACCACUACACCACACUGGAGACUGUGAGCCAACUUAUGCUUUUACCGUUUGUACCAGAGUUUUAAAAAGUAUCUGUCAGUUGAGAACAGCACAUACCUGAUCCUAUUCAGAGUUGGGGAAACCACAGCCCAUUGCUUUCAGUGGGCUUAUUUACCCUAAUUUUGUUGUUGUUGUUGUUGUUGUUAACUUGUUAGUCAUUUGUUACACUAAAGACUUCCAAGCAAAUAACAGCAGAUUUAAAACCAAAGCCUGAAUGGACAUACAUUAUAAUAUGAACACAUUCACACAAAAUGCUGCAGUUCAUAAAAAAGGCACAAAGCAACACCCCCACAAAAGUCCAUCUGACUCAUAGGGUCAAGCUGCUUAAUGGUUUGGUUUUUCUGUAUUCAGCAUAAGCUUGCUCCUUCAAAAUCUCACAUGAUGUUCAGAACUGAAUGUGCCGAGUAACGUCUUGACUCUGAUUUUUGUUGUGCAAAUUGUUUGUUUCAUCUCUCCCCCCCCGAAUCUAUUUAAUUCCUUACAUCCUAGAAUUAGUGUUUGCUACAGAACUCCCUUCGAAAAGCAGGGCCUUCAAUUUGCUCUUUUGCAGUGUGUGUGUGUGUCAUAUGCAAAAUAUCUUACCACAAGGUAUAACAGGUGAUCACGUUAAAUGAAAGGCUGGAACUCAGGCAAAUGUAAUUCAGAUCAGUCCCUGGUAUUUGUGUGCCCCUAGCUGAUGUAAAGCAAUUUCUUUGCCAAUGUGUGCCAUGCCAGGGUAUGGGCUAGCAGAAUCCUAAUAGCGUGUAGGUGAAUGAAAUGAAUAGGUUGCAAUGCAGGUUAAUUACUUUCUGGAGGUGUUGGUCACAAGGACAUGGAAUUCUAUUUCUACAGAGGAAAUAGAUUUUUCUCCCGUGAUGGAUGGCAGCACCUUAGGAAAUACCAGCAUAGGCGUCACUAUUUACAGGAGAGUUCUUUUCCUUUAAUCAGUUUAUGGAGAGUUCUUCCUCUUUCAUCUGCUUUGUAACUGAGCGUGAGCCACUGUUCUAGAUCAGCCUUCCCCAAACAGUUACCACUCCCCAUCAGAUGUUGCAGGACUACAGCACCCAUAAACCCCUGACCACUGGCUUUUCUGGCUGGGGCUGUUGGGAGUUUUAGUCUGGGGCAUAUGGUACUUAAUGAAAGCUACCUUUUAAGUGGCUUUCUGUAUCAAAGUUCAUCUAGUCUUAAAUACGUGGAAGCCAAGAAUCACAAGUUACAUUUUAAUAAGUCUUUCUUACUUGUUCAAAAUUAUUUUUUUAAUGGCUGCACAGUAGUGGAACACACCAUUACAGGGUGACAAAUCCGCACUUGUAACUGUAAGCAGGAUGGCAUACUAAGUGUUUAAAAACAGAGGCUGUUUUUGGUAGUUUUGCACUAGAAAUGGCUCGUGCUUUUCACUAAACUUCCCCUGAGCUGUCACCCUUUCCUCUGCUUGUGCAUGAGAAUGGAUGUCCUUUGUCAAGGAAAAAUAUUUUAAGGGAAAUAAAUGCAUCAGUCCUAACACACAUCUGCUCUGAUCCACAUCCCGUGUCUCUGUCAAAUUUCUUUUCCAAGAAGAGAGACGAGAGAGCCUUGUGGAUACAGAACUUCCUACACUUUGGAUCAAGUUUAUUUGCUUGAAAUUAUGGAGUGUGUAUUUUACGUCAAGUAAAUAGCUUUAAGUUAGUUCCACCCAAGAGGGCAGUCUGACCUAGUCUCCACUGGUUGUGCACAAACAUGUACUAUUUUGAGAGUGGACAUUUUACUUCGAUUCUGGGAACAGGAAGAUUCACCUUAUGGGCUGUUGCUUUUAUUUUUUACUAAGUAUAUUUUACAAGGUAUAUCUUGUAAGUGGUGAGUCAAACAAAAUGUCAUAAGCCUGAAUACCAGUCAGGUUUUCUCUGGAUGUCAUAAAAUUCCUUUAAUUCCUGGAGCAAUUUUGAAACUGUUUAUACCGUGUGUGCGCGCGCACACACACACACAGAGAGAGAGAGAGAGAGAGAGAGAGAGAGAAAUAAACAAACAAACAUAUAAAAAAGAAGUAGUGUGCAGUUCACCUGAUACCAGUUGCUGAGAAUUGCAGGUGAGGAGAGUGCAGCUGUUCUCCAGUUCUGGUUGUGGGCUUCUCUUGGGCAUCUGUGAGAACAGGGUGCUAGACUACCACCUUUGGAGUUCUCCAGCAGGCUCUUUGGAGCAAGAGUAAUGUGAUUCAUUGAUGUGUUUGCCUCACAAGCAAAUUGUGAAGCAGGAAGGAAACUGUGCUCACGGGGGAGGAGGAAGAAGAACCUGCUGUGAUUUCUCUUUACAUUAUAUCUGUCAUCGCCCUGUGUUGAUCUCCAAAGGCACUUUGUCAGGGAGAUAACGUAAUGCUUUAUGAAGGCAAGGUUGAGCUUUUAAGAAUCUGCCCAACAGUCUCAAAUUUACUGUUGUCCUUGGAGAGCAGCUGCAUUUUGAAAUUUUACUUUAUCACAAAAACAUAGUAAAUAUAGGAAGGGGUGUUUCUUGCCACCAGUUAACAUACACAGAAUAAAAAAAUUCCUUCAGUAGCACCUUAAAGACCAACUAAGUUUUUAUUUUGGUAUGAGCUUUCGUGUGCAUGCACACUUCUUCAGAAUGCACACGAAAGCUCAUACCAAAAUAAAAACUUAGUUGGUCUUUAAGGUGCUACUGAAGGAAUUUUUUUAUUUUACUUCGACCCAGACCAACACGGCUACCUACCUGUAACCAUACACAGAAUGUUAAUGACUGAAGAUCCACAGUCUGAAGGCACAGACUGAGUAGUGAAGCAAAAUAAGGUAUCAAAUACUGCAAACACUAUUACGCUUUAGGUUUAGCCAGCUGCUCUGUGUACAGUAGUUAGGUGACUAGAUUCAGUUAUACACAGAUUAAACCACAAGAUGGUGCUGCUGACAUUUUAAUCAAAGGAUAUGCUGCUGAGAAGUAGCAUUCUUUCUGUUCUCCAUUCCACGGAGGCGUUCGUAAACGGAGGCAUUCGCUCCCCGCAGACACGGUUUUGCGCGAAGUGCUGAUAGAGCGCUUCUGCGCACGCACGCGCUGCGCAGAUCGCUUCUGCGCACGCGACUCCGCAGAACCUGGAUGUAAACACUUCCGGGUUUGCGGCGUUCAUAUAUGGAGGCGUUCAUAAACAGAGGUAGUUGUAAACCGAGGUUCCACUGUACUGUAUUUAUUUAUAAUGCCACUUUCUGAAGACGAUUGAAAUGUUUGUAGUAUAACAUACUCUAAUCUUAACAAGUUUUCAUUAAAAAAAUAUUGCAGAUAUUUCUUUGCCCUGAAAAAGUGCUGAAAACAUAAGAUUCUUUAAAUGAAAACCUGUCAAGAUCAGAUUGGUUUUCAUUUAAAAGCAACAUAUUUCAGAAGGUGCUCUCACGCAUAUUUACAUAUUUAAAACAUAAAUGCCUUCUAGAAUACUGAUGCAAUAUUUUAAAGCCUUAUAAUAAAAAGUUUCACAGUUAGGAAGCAUAUGCAGUAUGGUCGCUGCACAUUUCAUAAAGAAAAUGGAAAGUAUAAGGGAGAUGUUUUGCAGAGCAAUCCUAACCCCUGGCUGAAGGCUGGCUGAAGGGGGUUUAGGAUGAGGCAGAAGGGUGGCCACCAACAAGGAGGACCUCUGCUGGCCUUCUUGUCCUGGAGGCCUCUGGUUCAUCUGUAGAAAGCUCUGUGGGUAUAGUUGCAAUGAUAGCAAUAUUUCUACCAGUGGUAGGACCUGAUAUGGGAUGCUCUGGGCUGUGUUGGGAUAGCCUUGGAUACAUUGGAUCCAAAGCCCCUUCCUUCCUUCCUUCCUUCCUUCCUUCCUUCCUUCCUUCCUUCCUUCCUUCCUUCCUUCCUGUUGGUCUGUUGAAUAAUUAAUUUCCCUCCUGCUAAUUUAAAUGAGGGGGCAAUUUAGUAAGCAAACAAACGGGAGCAAGAGAGAAACCAUCUCCCCACCCUGGCUGGAGUGAGCUAACAGGUAAGUCUGGAGCAAGAUGUGGACAAAUGGGCAUGCCCCUUCUGCGCUCCAUUUCACUUAGAGAAGUUGGCUGAAUUUUCAGUUGAAUCUUACUUCAGCACUGGUGAUAGGACAGUGUCUUCCAUUGCACCUGAGGACAGCUCCCAUAGCUUGGACACACACACACACACACACACACACACACGGCUAGCCAUGUGAUACAAACAGCUAUGUCCUCCAGCAACACACAGCACCUGAAUCUCCUACCCCCGCCUUAAUCUACCUAAUGGUAGAGCCAUCCCUGCUAUGAAAGGGGCAAAUCUCCUACCACUUCACUCACCAUAAUUCCAGUAUAGGGAACAAAAUGUGUGCACAGAUCUUCCUCUUUUGAUUGAGCUAUUUAUUUUAAGACCAUUACUAAAAAUAUCCAAAAGGUAUACAGUAAACCAUAAAUGCACAAUAAAACCAAUGGUCUAAACCACUGAAAGCAACAUUAAAGACUAUAAAAAGUACAACACAGCAUCACAAAGUACAAAAGCAGAGUCCAGCUUUAACGUCCAGAGAGAGCCUGAAGAAAAGAGGCAUGCCUUUAAAAGAUGUCAAAAGGAUGAUAUUUCCUACAUAGCACCAUUCCAUAGAGCAAGGGAAAUGGCAGGAAAUAUCAUUUAAUGGCCCACCAUUCUAAAAGCUCAUAUGCUUAGUGGGCUUGGAAAAUUAUUUUUUAGAGUUCAGGGAUCUUGGUUUGUGGUAAAUGACAAAGGCAUGUUAUAAACUCUGAAGCAGUUCCUCCAGAGACAGAGUGCAAGUGAGUGUGCAUACAAAGGAAGUGUUUCAUCUGUUUUCAAGGUGGAAAAGGAUUUGGCAUGUCAAAAAUAAUUAAACAUUAUCCCUCAAUUAAGUAGGCAGUAUGUAGCCACCAGACAACAUGCUUCUCUUUUCAACUUUGAAAAAGAAAAAAUGCAAGUACGAAACAUGUCCAAACGUGUUGUUGAGUUUAAAUUGGCCAUCCUUCUCUAACAACAUGACAAAAACCAUUACCGGACCACUAGAGGAGGAGAAAAACAUUCUGAAUCCCUAAGUUCUAGAGAAUUAAAAGAAACAAUCUCUUAGAGUAAGCAAGAUGAAAGAGAAAGAGAGAGAAGUAAACAUACAAUUGCACUGCAUAUUUGGAUAAUGAGGAAUUAACUGCUUAGUAGGCAAUACCACUUAAGAAGUAGGCAUGGGAGGUUUCAGUUUGUUGGUAAUAUCAGUGUUGGCGACAUGAUGAGGAAACAUUAAUGUUUAUGUUUGGUGUAUUAACUUUUCUUUGAAGUAGGCCCAUAUUGCUGAAAAAAGUGCUUUAUAUAUGGUUUUUACUUCCAAGUGCAAACCUGUCCAUUCCAUUGUUCCUAAGUUAGCGAUGGCAAUUUAUACCCAGAGCACUCAUUUAAUGGCAUGUAAUUAACUUUCCCCCAAAGUUAAGGAAGGACUCAGCUAUUUUGACUCCUGCUGCAUAUUUAAGUGUGUGGUAGAUCAUUUCAUUCAUUUUUAAUCAGCUGUCCUCUAUUUACGGUAUUGCAUUGACAAUUUCCGGAGGGGUAGUUAUGUUGGUUGCAGCAAAAAAUAGCAAGGAGUCUUGUGCCACACACUCAAGAUGGAGCAAAUGUAUUAAGGCACCAGCUGUCCUGGAUUAGAAUACACUCAAUCACAUGCUCAAAAACUUAUGGCCUAAUAACUUUGAGGCGCCAUGAUACUUUUCCUGUCAUCAUUGACAGAAUCAGUGUUCAAAUUUUCUGCCUAUUAAAAGCGUUGCUUAAAAAACCCACUAUCUCUGAUGGCAGCAAAGGAGCAGCAAAGCAAGGUCUGGUGGGAGUUGUAGUCCAAAACAUUGGGAGGGCAUCAGGUUGGAAAGGCUGCACUAGAGGAAGUGCUUAGGGUGUAUGCUCACAAUGGAAUGUGCACAGCGGGGCAUCAUCUUGGAAGUGCCACCUUCUAUAAUUGCUGCUGAAGUAGAUCUAUCUGUCACUGUGAUAGCAGGAGAUAAUGCCUCUAGGGUGAUGUGACAUGCAAAUGCAUUUUAUACAGCCAUAUUCUCAUGUGGGAAGUUUGUUGAGUUUGUUGAGGGAGAAACACCCUGAUGGGCACAUUUCUGAAUCAUGGCUAUUUUGUGGUGAAUGCAGAUGCCCUAAGGAAUUCUAAAUGCUCCUGUUUAGCAGUUUAUUGGGGAUUGGCAGGGACUUCAGUUGUUAAAAGAGAAUUUGUGGUUCAGGAGGGGGGAAAUGUUGUUGAAGGUGAAAUGGCGUGAAUAGAUUGUCCUGUACUUGUGUAUUUAUAUUUGCAUUUCCCCCUACCUUUCUGUGACAAGGACACCAAAGGUGGUCUACAGUGCAAAAUCAUACAUCAUAGAGCAAGUUAGACUACAAGGUGUGCAUGCAAAGCAGAAACAUGAAAAGUUGUGUGACUUUGAGAAUGCCAUGUAGCAGGUUAAUAUGAGACAAGACAUUUAGAGAAUGUAGCCCUGAAUACAGGCCUGAAUUCCUCAGUGGUGUAUUCUGUCCCCAAGAGUUCAUCCAUCUACUUUUGAAGCCAGGGAAGCAUAAUUGUGCAUCCCAAUUGCUCCUUUCAUAUUUGAAGCAUUCAGGAAAGGCAAAGACCUCAAGGCUCAAUGCUGAUAUCUUUAUCAUUUGCAAUUGAACAGUUCAGUUCCUCGGGCUCUGGCGAAUCCUUUGCAAAAAUCAGCCAUCCCAUGUCUGAUGGUCUUUCCUUUUCUGAAGCUUCCAGAAAUAAAGUAAUUAAUUUAAUUAAACACAUUCACGACUGGUGGAUAUAGACAGGGAACUUCACAAUUAUGUUUUUACAAGUGAAGUCCCUUGGAAAAAUGUCACAUUGAGCAUGUUGUCCUAAAAUGGACAAGUGCAGGAGGGGAAAUUACCCCCCCUCCCCAUAAAUUAAUCUGUGACAAGCCUCACUAGCAGUUUGAAGUAUUCUUGGGAAGAAGACUUAUUGGAAGCAAGCCCCCCCCCCCACUACCCUACUCAUAAUGACCCUUCAAUAUCUUAAAGUUGGGGCUGAUAGGAGCUAUAGUCAGAAACAACUGGAGGGUACCAGAAUGGGGAAUAGUGCUUAAAGGAUAGUGAAAGGUCAAUUGUUCCCUGUCCUGUAAUAGGGCUCUAAUGUGUGAGGGGGAAAUUGUUUCCUCUUUAGGUCCCAAACUGAAGGGAAGGAACCCACAGGCUGCUUGCUUCCUUUCAUUCUUUCAGUCCCAGCUGAGGUAAAGACUAUCUCCAACAUACCCACAGCACACUUUUGAUUCAAAGCAUGUUUCCAUCCUGAAUGCCCCCUUGGACAUCACUAAAUAAAAACAUCUCUGGAAUGGGGUCUAAAGUAUUUUGAAACUCAGAUCUUCAUAAUAUUAUUUAAAUCAAAAUAAAGCCAGCUGGUACAAAGUGUUAGAUGUGAAUUGUACACAUUCUAAAUUAUUGUUCUGAGGGGGAGAGGAGCCCAUUUAAGGCAUGGCUGUGCUGCUUACAGUAACCAAAAAUAUUUGGCUCAUUCUCUUGAUCAAGAAUGUCUGUGCACCUGUAGUUUUUAAAGUACGGUAUGUGUGCAUUUUUGUGGAUAAAGUUUGAGAAAUGAAGUUUCUAGUUCAUCUUUAGAUUAGAAGGUGGAGUGAAAAAUGCUAGCUCACACUCUUUUCUUAAAAUUUUCUGCUUCAUUAUACACCUUGGGUCACACAGUGACAGCUGGAAUCCUGCCAAGAAGGAAAGAGCUUAAACAAAACACGGUGAGGCAAAACUAGCUCAGUAGUUUGUGCUUUUGUUUACAUGUGGAGUCUAUGAAUGUUUCUCUCUGUGCUCACAAAAUCUUCAGAAGUCUCCCAUCCCACCUAAUAUUGACUAGUCAAAUGCUAGCCAUUGGACAUGGGGGAUGGAAUGAGGGCUUGUAUAUAGAACCGAGGGCAAAGUUUGGCUUUCCAAGUCUGGCCCAGAUUGCCAUGCAUCUCUUUUGUUCUGAAGAACACAGAAAGGGGACCCAACCCAUAUCUCUUUAGCCCAAGGUUAUGUUCAUCUACAUAACCUUGCACUGGGUUUGUUGUCAGAGUUUUCCUGGAGAGUGACAAGGAGGCCAAACACAGAAAAUGACAAAUACAUAGAAUGAUGUGUGAAAGAUGGACUUUGGACCUCAGUCGAAAGGUGUAUAGGAGAAACCAUUUUGCUUCAUCUAGCAAAUUCUCUCCAACGUUUGAACAAAUUUAAGUGAGCAAGCGUCUCCCAUAAAAGUGAGGGUUGUGACACCACCAGUGCUUUGAAAUACUAUUCCUACUGAAAUCAGACAAAUGCCUACAAUUUCAAUAUUUCAUCUGCUGAAAACAUUUCUGUUUUGCCAAUCAUUUUCAGAGAAUUAAUUUGAUUCAGUGUUGGCCAUUUUUUCCCUAUAUUUCAUGAUUUGGUAAUGUUCUGGUGGUUUUAUUAUACACUGCCAUGAGAUUUUUAUGAGCUGACUGUUCAGAAUUAUUAAUUUCAAAAUAGAAAUGCACUUUUAACACCCAAGCAUUCAGCCUCCCGCUGAGUGCUACAGUUUUGAAAAUCCUCUAGGUACACUUUUCAAGAUUUGCCUCAUAUAGCCGCUUUGGAUUAGGUUGAGAAGAAGAAUUGUUGCUGGAUGUGCUGGCAAAUAAAGGUUUGUUUCUUGUCUAGUACUAAAAUUAUUGCAAGUGCCUCAAGCACUGGAUAUUGGAAUGAGUAGGUUUUUUGCCAAGCAGCCAUUAUGGCCGAGAGAAGUUCAUGUACUAUGCAUACUUUAAUUCCUUCACUCUCUUUGUUAUGGGAAAUACUAGGGUUGCAUUGCCAGGAACUUUGAGCCAUUGGACUCUGGAUGGCAGUUUCUCAGUGUAGAACCCCAGACUCUGGACUGUCAUUGUGUUCAUCCAGACUUGCCACUGGAUCCUCCUGGACAGGCAGAGACCCCUAUUUCCCUCACAGUUAAGAGGGGAAUGUUAAGAGACCCCUAUUCCCCUCACAGAGCUAUAAUUUCUAGAGUUUCCUGGGAAGAGAGAUUGGUUGUUAAACUACUCUGGGAACCGUAGCUGUGUGAGGAUAACAACGCUUAAAAACUCUCAGUACCCUCAACAAACUACAGUUCCCAGGAUUCUUUGGGGGAAGCCAUGGCUGUUUAAAGUGGUAUGAUACUGCAUUAAAUAUAUAGCGCAGAUGAGACUAUGUGGUUUUUCAUGGAAAUGUAAAGGAUUUUCUGUUCAGUCAAGCAUUUGGUUUGCUUUCCGUUUUUCUACGUUUUUAAUUUCCUUGCUGUGUUUGAUUCUGCAUGUAUGUGUUUUUUUUAAAAAAAACUUGCUCUGUGCUGUUUCUUCAUGCAUUGUUACAAUUUUAGUGUAUAUUUUGUCUUCUGAUUCUCUAAACAUUUUAAGCUGCCAUGAGCAGAAAGGCAUAGUAAAAGGAAGUAGACCAAAAAACAAAGUUGUUUGUGAAAUGGAAUGUACAGGCAGACUUAUGUACUAUAAACAGCAAAUGGCACUGUCAUGUUACACUUUGCCUGCCGGAAAACUUUGAUAAAUACUUUGUCCUAUCCUCUUAAGUUGUUGUUACAAAUAACCUUUGUGCUGCAUCGAGUUAAUGUUUGCCAAAGGGAACACCAGUUAUUCAUGGAAGGUGCAUUGCCUCAGUUUUUUUCUUUUAAUCAUCUUCUUAUUUAAUUGCACAAGAAAACACUUGUGUACCGCCUUGAGAUUUUUGCCCUUCACAGAAUAUGCACCUACCUUCUUCAUGGGGCAUGUUUUCCAAUUGCAAGAAAAGGAGCGCUGCUGGGGAAUUCAAAAAAGAGAGCCUGCUUUGGUAAAACUUGCAGACUCUGAGCGAAGGGAGGAACUGGCAAAAAAUAACCACCUACCUGCCUGCAGGCUAGUCGGCUUCCCUUCCUCAGAACUUCCCUGCUUGUGCAAGCAGGCGCUCCAUCCAUCCUCCGCCCCGUCUCCGAGGGAAGGAGGAACAGCCCAGCCUGCUAGGUGGUUUCGGCCUUUUGUGCGCUGGCUUCCUCUGCCUCAGCAGCAAGCAAGUGCACAGAGGGAACAUUCCGGCAGGCUGCUUUCCUGCAGCUGAGGAGACGACAUUCACGGACCUCCUUUUGAUUAGGAUAUGUCACUGUUGUCAGGGCAACUGUUAACGGUGGCGUAUCAUAUUUUCUCCUCUUGGGCUGCCUGCUGAAUAUUUCAGUGUGCAGUAGCUGGAAAGAAGAAGAAGAUACAGGGAGGGGGGGGGAAAGGUGCUGCAUCAGGAAGGACAGAAGACGUGGGAUCUGACUGAACAGGUUUAAAGGCGUCAAGAGGAGGAGGAGGAGACUUCCAAACCGAUGGGCCUUUAAUUAAGGCCUUUUAUUUCGUCAAGGUGGAGGAGACUGCAGGCCCUCGUCUGCCAAGUGGAUGUUGGUGUUUGUCAGCUGUUUGUGCACCGCUUAUACCCGUACGGGAUCUGUUACAAAUGAACGAGCUGCUUUGCAGCUAGCUAGCUGCUAAGUGGAGUCUGGGACUGAUAUAUUGUAGUAAGGAAGAAGAGAGCAACAUGCCCGGUUCGGCAACUGCUAUCCGGCAAGAGAGGCUAAAGAAGGCAGGCGUGAGGCCAAAUACACCUGUUCUGUUCACCAUUAAUGAGGAAGAUGAGCAGCAAAAGAAUGGCAAUUCCAAGAGACUGAAAGUAUCUGAAAACUCCAAAGUGGUGCAAGACAAAAAAGCUGCUUCAUCCAGCCGCCCCACCUCUGCCGCUUUAGGACAGAAUGCCAGCAGUGCUGGAGCCAAGCCAGACCCUGCGCCAGUACUGAAAGUUGAUGAAAGGCAGCGACUUGCUCGAGAACGGAGAGAAGAACGGGAAAAGCUGUUAGCGGCAAGAGAAGCUGCCUGGGUAGAAAAAGAGGAGAGAGCAAGGCAAUAUUAUGAGAAACACCUAGAGGAGCGCAAAAAGAAAUUAGAAGAGCAACGACUAAAAGAAGAGAGAAGGCGAGCUGCAGUGGAGGAAAAACGCCGACAGCGGAUAGAAGAGGACAAGGAGCGCCAUGAAGCGGUCGUGCGGCGCACAAUUGAGAGGAGCCAGAAACCGAAACAAAAGCAAAAUAGGUGGUCCUGGGGAGGUACACUUCAUAACAGCAGCAGCAUUAACAAUACAGAUCCAGACAGGCGAUCUGUUUCAACAAUGAACCUUUCGAAACAUGUUGAUCCAGUCAUUAACAAGCGACUCUCCUCCUCAUCUGCAACAUUACUAAAUUCUCCAGACAGAGCUCGACGCCUGCAGCUAAGUCCAUGGGAGAGCAGCGUUGUUAGCAGACUACUGACACCAACACAUUCAUUCUUGGCCAGAAGUAAAAGUGCAGCCACCUUGUCAGGAGAUGCAGCAUCUUGCAGCCCCAUCAGCCCUCUCUCCUUCAAGGCCGUAAGCUGUCGGAAUCCAGCAGACAGAGCAAAACUCUUUGGCACGACACCUGAUGUUAGACGUAGGAGGACUACACAUUCAGCAGGGAUGAGCAGAAAAGAAAAGGAAAAGGUCCUUUCAUUGUCUAACCCACCUGGCAAAAAAAGAUCACGUUCACCUGCUACCUUCAGAAGCAAAUCAGCUGCUUGGCAUGCCUCUAGGUCUUUACCUUUCUUGCCUGGAACACCCAAAAAGGUGAUUUCAGCACAUGGAUCAUCCAGAAUCUCUUCCGCUCAACAACGCCCUCCUUCCCCUGGCAACAUCCGACCCACCAAAAAUGACCGCAAAGUGGAAAAUGUGAAAAAAGAAAUACAGCGGGAGUCUGAGAAGACCACUGAAGAAAAGACAGACCAUGCGAAAGCAACCUUCAGUCCCACAGUGGUUACAAACCAAGAAGCACUCCCUUGUAAAACAGAGACCACACAAAUUGCUGCUCCAGUUCUGCCCUCUGCUCCUUCAGUUGCUUCACCACCUCCUACCUGUAGCAAGCCUUCUGCGGGGACAACAGACCCAGAAGAAGCAACCAGGUUGCUUAGCGAAAAAAGAAGGCUGGCCCGGGAACAACGAGAGCGGGAAGAGCAAGAAAGAAGAGAGAGGGAAGAGACUGAAAGGCAAAAGAAGGAGGAACUGGCCCAGAGGAUAGCAGAAGAAAGAGCUCGCCGAGAGGAGGAGGCUCAGAAACAGGAAGCAGAGAGGAAGCAGAAAGAGGCAGAACAUAAGCAGGAAGAAGAGGAGCAGUUGUGCCGCCUGGCGGAAGAAAGAGAAAAGAAAGAACGAGAGGAAAUGGAACACCUUCAGAAGCAGAAGGAAGAAGAAGCUCGGUUACGAGAAGAGCAGAUUCGGUUAGAGCGUGAAAAGCAUUUCCAGAGAGAAGAACAAGAGCGCUUGGAAAGGAAGAAGCGUCUUGAGGAAAUUAUGAAAAGAACUAGGAGAACAGAAGCUGCAGAGAAGAAAUCAAAUGAGCAGCAAAAUGGGGAGAUAGCAAAGGAAACAGCUGUGAGCACUCCAAUAAGCCCUGCGAUGGGUUCUCAGGUUCAGUGUGUGCCAGAAUCUCCGCGCAAUGGGGAAUUGCUCACCCAUACCCAUGUGCUAAUUUCUCAUCAGCCCACAGUCAACCUUGACAGUAAUCUCAACCCAGGAAAACAUCCAAAUGAAAAUGGAGUGUCUAUGCAGAAUGAUAAUUUUGAGGAGGUCAUCAGCUUACCCAUGGGAACGAAACCAUCCAGGCUGGAUGCUAUGAACAAUGAUGAUAAAAAUAGCCCUGACAUUUCUUUGACUCCCAUUUUGGCCUUUGAAGAGAAGGGGACCCUAGGGCCAUUGCCUCAGGUAGAUAACGUUCAAACACAUCAAACAGCAGGUAGGUUUGUUUAAAAUCUCUUGUUGAUUUUCUAACGGGCAUGAAGUGUGGCAUCCAAGAUGUUUCUAGCAAGUGUCUGGAUUCAAUUUUUUAUUAAGUGCAAGUUCAGGACAUGGAACAAAUUGUAUAACCUCUGCAUUAAAAACGUUUGUCAUGUUGCAGCCCAGUUGGAAAGAUAGAAAUAACUAGGAACCUGCUGGUUCGAUUCACUGGGCCAAUCUAGGAUUUGAAUGAAUUAUUCACCGCAAAUAGGAAGAGCAUAUACCUCAUCCUUUCUUCACCCAAAUGUGUGAUCUUUAAGAAACCGGCUGUUUUGAUAUAAGGGUGAGGCAAGAUGACAAGAUGCAAAGGGCAGGGUUCUUAUAACUUUAGCAGAGGUACAGGAAUAGGAACGUCAACCAGUGCAGCUCUUUUUACCCCUUCAUGACAAGAAGCACCUGUAAGCAAUUCUAUUCUCUUUUGCAUCUGGUCACCACACAAAGCAACUAAGUCCUCGGUUAACAUUUUCUGUCUAUGACUUGGAACUUGAGCUUCUCUUCCAUGAAUGGGAGGGCUCCCUCCAUUAAUUGAAGGAACUCUGACCCAAUGGAGGCUCUGCUAAUGACCCACUGAUUUCCCCCUUCAGCCUCCCACCCUGAUCUCUCCCACACUGUUCCAGAAAGUCCCUCAACAAUAUCAAACAUAUUUGCAGGUGGCACAGGGUGGGUAGAAGGGAGAAUCGGUGAAAAUCACCUCUUCUCUCUCCUUCUGCCCACAGAAGUAACCAGCGUGUUUUUUUAUUAUUAAUAAAAGUACUCUUUUUUGCUGUUUGUUCCCUAUAAAGAUCUUUUUCUCUCUGCUAAUUUGCUCUUUAUUGGCUUUUCUUCUAGAAGUUGUCUGACCUCUGCUUACAAAUUACCAAAGGUGGCAUAAAAGUCUCUGCAGCCAGUUGAGUUCCUUCCAUGCUAUGAAGGAGUGUGGUAGUUUUUGCACUCUCGAGUUUUCUAAAGAUUUCUUGGACACUGUUUUUGGGUUUUUUUAAAAAGCCAUAGUAAAACCAGCAGAAGAAUUUAUUGGGAAUAGACUUGGAUUACCUUUCUAUCAAAUAGAUCUCACCACUAGGAAAAAUCAUGUUUCAUGUGCAUAAAUUGCUUAUAUCCAGCAAGUUCCUGUUAUAGCAUAACAGAUAUUUUCUGCAUUCUUGAAGACAAAAGCUUCACUGGAUUCUAACAAUAACGGGCUGAUUGGGGUAAUGGACUUGUUUUCUGUUGUUUUUGAAGAUGGGUAUCUGGUUUUAAAAGGUAUGUAAAAUCAGCAAAGUAUCUUUUACAUUUUACGGAUUGAAUACUUGAAAAGUAAAUGCCUCACUGCUCUACAAGUAGGGCUGCUGGGGUGUUUUUUAUUUAAGCCUUUUGGUUUAAAUAUUAUUGCAGAGAACUCUUAAUUAUGGGGGCAACAUAGAGGCUUCUGUAUCAGGUUCUUGUAAAUGUAACUCCUACAUGGACAUUCUGUAUAUUUAGGCAUCACUACCGUCUUCUUGCAUUUUCUUCUAAAACAAAUAAAAUAACAUAGCAGGUUUUAAAAUGUGAAAAAUCGAAAGCAUUAUUUUUUCAUGGAUGAAAUGGAAAACCUGUUGUUAUCCUAGAUAAUGUAUUUAUUAAUUUUGUUCUGUACAAAAUAAAUCAUAGAAAAUGUGCUUAAAAA